AUGUCGUCGCCAGGCGAGGCUGCCGCGCGCCUGGCGCUGAAAGGCGCUCGUCGGAUCGUGAUCAAGGUGGGAACGGCUGUUGUGACGCGUUCAGACGGACGGCUCGCCCUCGGGCGAAUGGGGUCGCUCUGCGAAGCGAUUGAGACGCUCGUAUCGGACGGCAGGGAGGUGAUUCUGGUGACAAGUGGCGCGAUCGGAGUGGGCCGGCACAAGCUGCGCUUCCAGCGGUUCAUGCGCACGAGCUUCAAGGACCUGCAGCGCCCGCAGGGGGACGACAUUGACGGCAAGCCGUGCGCGGGCAUCGGGCAGGGCCAGCUCAUGGCUCUCUACGAGUCGCUCUUCAACCAAGUGGACGUUGGUUGUGCUCAGUUGCUGGUCACAGAGAGGGAUUUCACGGACCUGCAGUUCCGCAACCAACUGCGCAGCACCGUCUCCUCCCUGCUGGACCACCGCGUGGUGCCGGUUUUCAACGAGAACGACGCCAUCUCCACCCGCGUUGCUCCCUACAAGGACGCCACUGGUAUCUUCUGGGACAAUGACUCCCUGGCGGCUCUCCUCUCGCUAGAGCUCCAGGCAGACGCGUGUGUGCUGCUGUCAGAUAUCGAGGGGCUCUACACCAAGCCGCCCUGGGACCCUGACUCGGAGCUCAUCCACACCUACGUGCCGAGCGUGCAUGGAGAUUCCAUCAAGUUCGGCCAGAAGAGUCGGCUGGGUCGCGGCGGCAUGACAGCAAAAGUCGAAGCAGCAAUCCACGCAUCCGGAGGCGGCGUGCCCACAGUCAUAGCCAGUGGUCUGUCAAGCGAUGCGGUGCUGCGGGUGCUUUCAGGGGAGAUGGUCGGCACGCUCUUUCACAAGGACGCUCAUCUGUGGGCCGUGUCUAAGUCUGUCAAGAGCGCUGGCAGGGACAUGGCUGUUGCUGCCCGGGACGCCAGCCGGAAGCUGCAGGCUCUGAGCACGGAGCAGCGCAAGCAGGUGUUGCUAGACGUGGCGGAUGCUCUGGUGAAGAGAGAGGCGGAGAUUGUGGAGCAGAACGCCCACGACGUACGGACGUCUGAGAUCAACGGCGUUGCACCGGCGCUGCUGCAGCGGCUGAAGCUGAAACCGAAUAGGAUUCAACAGCUAGCAGAGGGCAUUCGGGCGAUUGCUGAGAUGCCUGAUCCGAUAGCAGAGACGCUGGCUCGCACAGAGCUUGCAGAGGGGCUGAACCUGGAGAAGCAGAGGUGGCCACUGGGAGUGCUGCUGGUGAUCUUUGAAGCUCGCCCUGACGCCAUGCCGCAGAUUGCAGCGCUGGCGAUUCGCAGCGGCAACGGGCUGCUGCUCAAGGGAGGCAAGGAGGCACUCAACUCCAACCGCAUCAUCCACGAGGUGAUCGCCUCAGCACUCCCCCCAGAAGUCGGCCCCUCACUCAUAGGCCUCGUCACUUCACGCGACGACAUCUCGGAUCUGCUGAAGCUGGACGACGUGAUCGACCUGGUGAUUCCGCGCGGCAGCAACGCGCUGGUGAAUCAUAUCAAAUCGCACACCAAGAUUGCGGUGCUGGGCCAUGCGGAUGGCGUGUGCCACGUGUACGUGGACAAGGCAGCCAACCUCAAGAUGGCCAAACGGAUCAUUCUCGACGCCAAGAUGGACUACCCUGCUGCUUGCAACGCCAUGGAAACCCUGCUACUCCACGAGGAGCUGGUGAAGUCGGGAGCUGCAGCGGAGCUCAUUCAAGAGCUCAAAGACAAUGGCAUAGUCCUUCAUGCGGGCACGACUGCAGCGCCUGCCUUCUCCCUGCCUCCGGCAGCGAAUCUGCACCACGAGUACGGGUCGCUGGAAUGUACGGUGGAGAUCGUGCCGGACAUUGACGCGGCCAUCCACCACAUCCACACGCACGGCAGCGCGCACACCGACGCCAUCGUCACCGAGGACCAGGAAGCCGCAAAGAAGUUUCUGGCGUCGGUGGACAGUGCGGUCGUGGUGCACAACGCCAGCACUCGCUUCUCCGACGGCUUCCGCUUCGGGCUCGGCGCCGAGCUGAAACGGCUUUGUAGCACACGUGUAGCUACUUGUUGCUACUACUCCUCUCGUCGGGAAGGCUACGAGCCGUGUGAUAUCCUAGCACUACUAGCCAUGGCUGCUUCCGUCGCCUCUUCCUCCGCCGCCAUUUUGACGAAUCAAGGGGCUCGGUUAAUCGCGCGCGCAAUUUCUUCGUCGAAGACCUUAUCCGGCGCCUCCCUGAGUGCCGAUCGCGUGCCUCUGCCACGUGUCACAACGCGAGGGAUUUACGGCAAGGCCAGGCUGGCAGUGAUGGCUCAGGCUAAGAUCGCAGCAGCGGCAGCGGCAGCGGCGGCCACGGAACCUCUGAGUGCGGGCUCGCCCCCUCCUGCUCUCUUUGACGGCACCACGCGCCUAUACCACUACAAGGCGUGUCCCUUUGCUCAACGGGCAGUGAUUGCCGUCAACUACAAGGGUCUUGAUUUUAUCGAGCGAGUGGAGAUCAGUCUUCGCAGCAAACCUGAAUGGUACACGGAGAAGGUGUAUCCGCCAGGCAAGGUGCCUGCCAUGGAGCAUGCAGGGAAGGUGGUGGGGGAGAGCCUGGAUCUGCUUCUGCUGAUUGAUGAAUGGUUCGGUGACAAGGGGCCGAGGAUUGUUCCUGAGGACCCUGCCCUGGCAGCAGAGGCAUCAGCGCUUGUAGCAGCGUGUGGUGACGUGAUGAUGGCUGGAUACACGGCUCUCUCGCAGCUCUAUCAGACGGGCGGCGAGGCGGAAGUGGAGGCUGCAAUGGGAUCGCAUCUAGACUCCUUAGAGGCGAGUCUGGGCAAGCACCAAGAGAAUGGGCCCUUCUUUCUAGGAAGCUUCUCAUACGUGGACAUUGCCUAUCUGCCCUUCCUGGAGCGAUUCAAUAUCGCGUUCGAGCACUUCUGCCACACAGACAUCACCAAGGGCCGCCCCAACCUGCAGCGCUGGUUUGAG